CGCUAGGGCCACAGAUCAUUUCGCGAGAACGGCAAAACAUUUCUCCGGUCGGACCAACGAACGUUUACGUGCAAUUCCUUGUUCAUCUCCGGACAACCCCACCACUGACCUUCUACUCUUCGCCACACAACUGCUCUAUGCAUCCUAUCUCAUUCAUGCCUACGCGGUGGAUACGGCCAAGCAUCUCCACUCUUGGAAAACAUUUCUUGCGACGCAGCUUUUACAGCAAAACUGCAGAAUUCGUCACCCGUGAUCCUCAGGGACGGCCAUGUCAACGCCAAGUCGAUAUUCGAGUCGGCGAUGAGCAUGAAGCAUACGUGCUUGUGCCGACAGAUGUUGGUGAUGCUAUAAAAGCAGCUUGCAAGCACAACGGGUCUUCAUUUCCCCAAGACAAGCAGUCCUUGGAAUUCAACCACGAUAGAAGAGACUUCACUUGCGAAUCGGCUCCAUAUCUACGACUUUCAAUCUAUCAUCAGCUCCCUCGCAGGUCAGAUGCCAAAACCAGCUCCGCCACACUAUAUCUCUUUGGUGUCACACAUACGAUCGCUUUGGACGGGACGUUUGAUGCUUGGUUUACGGAGCAGUCUCUGGCAAGUUGGCAUGAACUAAAGCCUACGUUAGACAAACUCAAAGACAUGUAACUCUGUACAAGGUCUAUUUACUAGGCGAUCACACAAUGGCGUACCAACGCCCACAAUGGAACUAAGGAGAGGGCUCAAAUAUUUUUCAGUACUCAGUACCUUCAUUUCGAUAAGCCAUAAUGUCCGGAAUCCACUCCUCAAUCGCUUCUCAGUACUCAAUAGCUUCAUUUCGAUAAUCCAUAAUGUCCGGAGUCCACUCCUCAAUCGCUUCUCGCUUCUCAGCACUCAAUAGCUUCAUUUCGAUAAGCUAUAAUGUCCGGAGUCCACUCCUCAAUCGCAGUUGCGAUCGAGGCAUAGAAUUUGCCUAAUUCUUCUGCCGACAUCUUGUUUUCCACAACCUUAACAUGAGCAUCUUCAAGUGCUAUGUUGUUCUGCUCGUGAAGUGGGAGUCGCUGGAGC